AUGGCCAACGUACGCAUGUUCGACGUGUUCGAAAGCCCGAACUUCGAGCUCGACCACGCAGACCGCGCGGCCGCACAGGUCCUCGCCCUGCGCGCGGGGCUCGGCGUCCUCUCCGCGCUCGUCGGCGUCGGCGUGUGGAAGUAUUUCUGGUCGGAGAAGAUGCUGGCUGUCGCAUCGGUGCUGAUCGCUGCGUCUGUCGGGCCAGGCCUCAAAGGUGCAGAACUCCGCGGGACGGCUUGA